CCCAAGUUCCCCUUCCGUGGUGACCACAGCUCUGUCACACACGGCUUCCUGUUGGGGCUUCCUUGGCCUCACCCCACAUUUGGGGCAUUUCCCUCCCUGACAGAAGGACCUGGAUCCGGGCUCCUGCCCUGGCCGGUGCAGACAUGGUGCCCCUGCUGCUGCUGCCCCUGCUGCUGCUGCCCCUGCUGUUGGGGGGGGAGGAUCCAGAGUACCAGCUCCGAGUGAAGGAAUCCGUGACCGUGCAGGAGGGUCUGUGUGUCCACGUGCCCUGUUCCUUCUCCUACCCCUGGAACCCGUGGUAUUCCCGGACGAUGCUCUACAUAUACUGGUUCCAGGAUAGGGACACCUCAAGCAACCGUUAUCCGGUGGCUACAAACAACCCACAGAGAACAGUGAGGGCAGAGGCCCGGGGCCGAUUCCGCCUCGUCGGGGACCCCUGGGCCAACAACUGCUCCCUGAGAAUCAGAGACGCCAUGAGGAGUGACGAGGGAGUCUACUUUUUCCGAGUGGAGAGAGGAGAAGACGUGAGAUAUACUUACACACAUACGACGAUGACUCUGCGGGUGGCAGCCCUGACACAGGAACCCGACAUCCACUUCCCGGAGCCCCUCAAGUCUGGCUGGCCCGCAGAGCUGACCUGCAGCCUGCCGGGGUCCUGCGAAGGGGGAAGACCUCUCACAUUCUCCUGGGUGGGGGCUGCUCUGGACUCGCUGGACCCCGAGACCCUGCACUCCUCGGUGCUGGCCUUCACCCCAAGGCCGCAGGACCAUGGCACCAAGCUCACCUGUCAGGUGAAACUGCCAGAAGUUCAGGCCACCGUGGAAAGAACCAUCUGGCUCAAUGUCUCCUAUGCCCCCCACAACCUCACCAUCAGCAUCUUCAGCAAUGUCACAGCUAUACAACAUAAUGAUUUGUAUUGUGACAUGAUCACCACAGCAAGUUCAGUCCCCAAGACGCUGUGCAACGGUAUGUCGCUGCCGGUCCUGGAGGGCCAGUUCCUGCAGCUGGUCUGCGUGGCUGACAGCAAUCCCCCUGCCGUGCUGAGCUGGUCCCGGGAGGGGAAAGCCCUGAGCGCCUCCCAGCCCUCCGCACCCGGGGUCCUGGAGUUGCCCCACGUAGGGGCUGGAGAUGAAGGGGAAUUCACCUGCCAGGCUCGGCACCCGCUGGGCUCCCAGCACAUUUCCUUCAGCCUCUCUGUGCAGAGAAGCCCGUCUUCCUGCAAUUGUGUGACUGACGAGCAAGAGGGCUCCUGGCCCCUGGUCCUCACCCUGCUCAGAGGGGCCCUCAUGGGGGCUGGCUUCCUCUUCACCUAUGGCCUCACCUGGAUCUACUACACCAGGUGUGGAGGCCGCCAGGAAGCAGGGCUGAGAGUCCAGACCGAGCCUCCCUUCCUCUGGAGACGGGACUGAGGUGUGGCCCUGGAGCUCAGAGGGACAGAUAUGGGGCCCUCGUGGUCAGCUUCUUCCUGGAAGCUCUCAACUCAAGCCUGCUCAGUUCCUGGGAGUUUAAUUUGGAGAGCGGACCGAGUGACAAUGUGGGGAGGCCGCGCCAUCAGAAGAAGGGACUACUUAGGUUUCAGCAGGGGCUGUGGCACACCACGCCAUUCAGGGCCACAGGGGCAGAGGCAGGUGCAGGGAAGCCUCGCCAGAGAUGACAGAGACCUGUGGGAAACGCCAGGCCGGGAGGGCAGCUCGGGACCAGCUAGUUUGAGUCGUUCUGGGGGGGCCUUGGCCUAGAGGGGGGCUCUAGGUGUCUGGUUCCUGUCCUGGGUGUCUUAGGGUAGGGGAAACGGCGGCCUGGUGUGGGAGUGAGAGAAAAGGGGUGUUUGGGGGACACGCUGGGGAUUGGUUGGUUUGCUCUGAAGGGACUGAGCCCUCUGCUACCUUUAAGACCCGGCCCGGCCUGGAGGGGCCGUCUCCCCAGGGAUGGCAAGAUUUUUAACACGUCAAAAGUCACAAGAUACAGGAAACGAACAAUCUGACUAGUACACACCCCACGGGCACCCCCUCUCCCCCGUCUGUGCCUGUGGGUGACUCCUUCUGUUCAGCCGGCUCCUCCUUGCUGGUGUCACCCCUCCCACCCUCCUGCUCUCCAUCCCCAGCCCUGCCCCUGCGAAAGGAAUGAGCUUCAUUCAGGCUUAUUUUCAUGACCCAGAAGUUACCUGCCUAACCCCCGACUUUCUGGUCUCCCAGAUUUCCUGCUCAGUGUAGACGUCAAUGCAUGGUGGAGUCAGGAACGCGUCUUUCCCACCCGAAAGACGCCUACCUCAUAAUAAUUGCAAGAGAAUAUCACAGGAUUUUUAAAGUUUAUUUAUUUAUUUUGAGAAAGAGAGAGGGAGAGAGAGCAUUCCAAGCAGCCUCUGCACUGGCAGUGCAGAGCCCGAUGUAGGGCUUGAACUCAUGAACCUUGAGGUCAUUGACCUGAGCCUCAAUCAAGAGUGGCACGUUUAACCGACUGAGCCACCCAGGCACCCCCAGAACAUCACGUGUAAUUAUAAAUACAAGUCAGUGGCGCCUGGGUGGCCCAGUGCAUUCGUUGGGCGUCUGACUUGGCUCAGGUCAUAAUCUCAGUUUGUGGGUUCGAGUUCCAAGUCAAUCUCUAUGCUGACAGCUCAGAGCCUGGAGCCUGCUUCUGACUGUGUGUCUCCCUCGCUCUCUGCCCCUUCCUGCUCACACUGUCUCUCUCUCUCUCUCUCUCUCUGAAAAAUAAAUAAACAUUAAAAAAAUAAAAAAUUGUAUAUACGAGUUUGAUUAAAAGUGAGACAUAACAAUUGAUUUUAUCAUUUAAUGUCUAUAGAAAUUUCUAGAGCAAAAUUAUGUUUUAAUCUUCUCUUCUUUUUUGUUGAACAGUUUCUAACCAAGACUUUUCGUUUAUUCAUUGUGUUUGGGGGCCUAACUUAAAUAGAGUAAAAUAUGCAAAUCUAAA